AAGAGACCUACACUGGACAGAAUGUUCGCUUCGACGUCACAAAGAAAUGAUGAUGGUUUGCCGGCGUCUUACAAUAUCUCGUUACUUAUAGCAAAAUCCGGAAAACCGCAUACUAUCGGAGAUAAGUUAAUUUUGCCAGCCGUUGAAGAGGUUUUAAAAACUGUUUUACACAAACCUGCAUCUGAUAUCAUUAAAAGAAUUACCUUAAGCAACAAUACUGUUGAAAGACGUAUUGAUGAAAUGAGUUCUGAUAUUGAAAGCUUCUUAUGUAAUUAUUUGCAAAUGACCCAUUUCUCUAUACAACUGGACGAGUCAACUUUACCUGAUAAUGCAGCAUUAUUAUUGGCAUAUGUUCGUUUUAUUAUGAAUCAAGAAAUCUACGAAGAACUGCUCUUCGUAAGAACUUUGAUAACCGACACUAAAGGUGAAUCAAUAUUUCAUUGA